AUUUAAUUAAACAUUCUCAGUGUUUAGCAGCAUGGCCUCGUACCAAUCUCUUGGUCCUAUCAAGGAGCACAUAUACAAGGAGAAGCACACCGGAGGAGUCACCCUCAAGGAUGUUGAGUCACAUAUGUGGGUCAAAGAAUUCGCCGCAUUCCUUAAGAAAUCAGGAAAACUGACAAUUCCCAAGUGGACUGAUAUCGUAAAGACUGCCACUUUCAAAGAGCUCCCACCUAAGGACAAUGACUGGUAUUACAUUCGAUCAGCAGCCCUAUUGAGAAGAGUAUAUCUUAGACAGGGUGUAGGAACCGGUUCCUUGAGGAAAAUCUACGGAGGACGAAUCAACAGAGGAUCAGCCCCCAGUCACCACAAAAACGCAUCAGCUUCCGUCAUCAGACACGCUCUUAAAGGGCUCGUAGAGAUGAAACUGAUCGCCAAUCAUCCCGAUGGUGGAAGAAUGAUCACAAGUGCCGGACGACGGGACGCCGAUCGUAUCGCCUCUCAAGUUAUGAGCGCCUCACAAGUUGCUGUUGAGGAAGCAGAGGAGGAAGUUGCCAUUGUCGCUGAGGAAUAAUAUGUGGAUUUUUAUUUAUGAGUUUUAAAAAGAAUAA